AUGGAGCUGUCAGAUGACGCAGAGGGGCACGUUGACUACUUGUCUCUACCCUAUUGCUUUCUAGAUGGCAAUCUGCCUCAGAUCCCAGUUUCCGAUACCACAUCCUCUUUUGUACAAGAUACAUUUUCAAGACAUCGCAUUUCUGUUUCGAGUAACUCCACUGCUGGGCCCCCAGAUGUGCCUAAGCUUUCAGACCUAGACUAUGAUACCAUAGACGUUGUGAGAAACCAGCUAAAUGACCAGACAAAUGAUCUUCUUGGGACAGGCAAUGGUGUGAUACCACUGCCGGAUAGUUUCGAUGACCUACUAAUGGAUGGACUCCCUUCCUCGUCUCAAACUGCUACCGCCCUUGGUCCGCUUUCCUUCGAGAACCCUCUUCAUUCCCCAUUCAACAAGCCGAGACUGGAUCCUGAUGACGUCGCCAGAUUCGUAAAUGAGACUCUUGUUAAGUUCAAUCAAGCCGAGCUGUCGCGUAUGAAAUUUCUCCUUCAGGAUAUCCAGACUCGCAUCGAGUCGAUCCUCCACCCACGAACUGAGAUCGAGACGAAGUCAGCGCGCUCACACGUCAGCCCCCGUUCGGAUUCCGGAAUCUGGUAUAUCUGCGUGCUCUGCGAAUGCAAUCAGUCUGGGGGCGGAAGGUCCUAUAAAACUGCUGGUGCCUUAAAACGCCAUGUGAGGGAUGAGCAUACGCCUCAAUUCAAAUACAAUUGCCCCUACAGAUUUGGUUGCGAUUGGUUAACCCACAGGAGGGACAAGGUACAUGAGCACUUACGGAACAAACAUGGACAUAGAGGACGCUUGUCAGCAGCGCAGAUCGGAAAACUCGAACAGCGAAUGCCACUGCCGAAAAGCUGCCCCAUCUGCUCUGAACCUGUGGGCACCUGGGAAGAACUUUUCCAAUGUAUCGCCAGCCACUGCCGUCGUACCGAAGGGGACCGCCUGAAUGGUAAUGCGAACAGGAGGGGCGGCAACGGUGGAGGGCGUGGGGGAAAUUCUAACGGCUAUCAGAGUUGGAAUUCCCCGGGUUCUGGCUUUGGGGAAAUGGGGAAUUCAUCUACCUUUGGCAAAAAUAGCCACACUGACAGUCGUUCAAACACCGGUUCCGGUUCAAGGUUCACUCCUUAUGGUAGGCACCAAUCUGAAAGUUCACAGUCAGUCAACCAGGACUUGGGUUUGGAAGCAGCCGAUGAGAUCGAGCAGGAGCCUUGUUCACAUGCAAAUAGGAACCACCCACUGGCAGAGAUGAGUGGUCCCUUGAGGCAUGUGCAGCCUACUGGAUCCUUGGUUACAAAGGCUUCCCGCACGAUACAAACCUCCAAGGAUGAGCUUCCUACCUCGAGCUCGCCUUCCCGUCCAAAUAUUAUCCUGGGUAAAAUGUCCCUGCAUGGUGGGAUUCAUCUUCCUAGCCUGAGAUCUGGAUCCGGAAGAUCCCUCUCUGACAAAUCCCUAAUGUGGGAGCAACUGGACGCUGUUAAGCAACAGUGUACAACCUGCGGUCACAUUAUCGAUGGUUGUCCUAGGUGCGGGCUGCUGAAACAACUUCCUGGUAUAUGCCACUUCUGUGUGAACAGUAGCCCUAUCUUGAUUUGGUCUCGAAUGUCGCAGUAUUUGAGAAAUCACGACACAUUUCAGGAUUUUGCAUGUUCUGGAACGCCAAAUAGUGUCUUGUCAACACUGAGGGUUCAUGAAACGGUGUAUCAGGUCUCGCAGGUUUUGUGUUCCUCCAGUCAUCGUUUGACGGAUCCCCGAGAUACAGGAUCUCGGCUGGAAACUUGGCCGGCAAAAGGCCUCUUAUAUGUCGAUGGCUCUUGGGUCUUGAAACAGGGAACCCUCGGCUCCUUUGACGGCAGGCUACUUAUGCUGAGUUACGGCAGCAUAUUUUCUCUCCAGUUGCCUCUCUCUUGGGAGCGUGCCAUCGAAAUAUCGAUUCCAUUUUCUGACUCACCUCCGCAACUCUCCGGGACACUCUCACCGCGCCAGAAAAGAAGAAGGAACUUGGCAUUGCGGAGACGACUGCAAUAUAUAGCUAGAAUGCUUCAUCUCUGUGCAACCUUCACAAAGACAUAUUCGACUGCAGAAACGAAACGCAUAACUUUGCCCAGUGACAAGCCCGAUCAGCAAAGCCUUGAUAAAUGCAGUCUCAUCACUAAUCUGCGCGUUUUGGACUUCAAUUCGUCCAUCUUACGACUUUUUUCAUAUAUAAAAUGCAUGCUUACGUACGGAGAUGCGACACCACUCAGCGCCCUGGAUCAUCAGACGUCUCUGGCCGCGAUUUUGUUCGGUAUGAUGAUGGUUCUGGCUGAUACGUCGACUUCCCCGGCGUCUGCCGGGUGGAAUGAUGUUUUACUUUUACGACAUUUUACGAUAUGA